GUAAUGAAAAUUUUAACUUCAUAUGCACCUUUGGUAUGGCUCAUAAUAAGUCUUACGUCUGCUUCCGGGUUUGAUGCUGGGGUAUCGAAAGAAGAUUUCUUGGCUUUGAAGACUUUGGUGGUUCUUCAGAAUGACAUAAUACGGAAAAAUGAAAAAGAGCUUGCACUUCAAAGGAAAGUAAUAGAGGAAUUACAAAAUGAGAGGCAAAUCCUUGGCCAACUUGCAACAGAAGUAAGAAAUGCUGCAAAACAUAUGAGCUAUUUGGAUCAUUUAUGUAACAACACCAUGGUUUCAAAUGGUCAUCUUAUCGAGAAACGUAUACCCAUUUCAGAAACAAUUGCUUUUCAUGUCUGCUUUGACCAUAACGUGGAGCAUCUUGGAACUAGUCAUGAGCUUGCAUUUAACAUAGUAAUAACAGACACCCACUCAGCAUACGAAAAACACAGUGGAACGUAUAUAGCCCCGAUUUCAGGAAUUUAUGUUUUUAGCUGGGUAACACCAAUCUAUAAUGGUGACAUUCCUUUCCAACUAAUCGUGAAUGGAGAAGUAAAGGGGAAAACAGACCCAUAUGGUAGCGGUGGAAUCACAACAACUGGUGUAGCGGUGAUAUCCUUGAAUGAACACGAUGUUGUCAUGAUUCGAACCAAUCCUACAUUUCAACCUCUUGGGCGCAUCGAGAGCGGUAUAUAUAAGAAUGCCUGCUUUUCUGGCUGGAAGAUCUGACAAAGAAAGUUUAUUGAUCUUUAAGAAAAAUUGCCUCUGAUAAUUAUGAGCGAAAGGCAUUAAAAUAAUAAAUGGUUAACAUAAUGAAAUCCGUGUUUGAAAUUUUGUGACACAAUUACAUACAAAAUAUGUCUACUAAACUUUUGUGAUUUUCAGUUGUCUGUCAGUUGUCUGUCAGCUUGUUGAUCUGUACAAAAGGAGAUAGGAAAGCACGA